AUGUUUAAACUGGGAGCUACGGUGGACAACGGAUUUCUGAGCCCGAAACUGACUGAAUACGAGCCUGACCUAAGGCCCACGGUGUUAGAUUUAAGACUUGAAUUUUCUACAAAUGAGUUUGAGCAUUUGGACAGGGAAAACUCUGAGGAAUACAUUGCCAAGGAGGGGUUCAUGUUUGACACAAUUGUGGAAGUGUCACCGUUUGGUCCGAUUUUACAAUCAAUUUACAAGGCUAAUAACAUUAGUGAAUGUGUUACAAGAGUAAUAAAGUACACUUUCUCCCAUGAGAUCACUGCCGUCUCAUUGUUCUUAGUCAACGGCGAUUUCAAGAGAAUUGAGAAAAUUAACUUCGAAUGGAAAGAAGUUAAGAACCUAACAGUUGACAUAAGUAAUUAUAAGAAUUUGGACAUGUCAAAGUAUGUAAUUCAGAAUUCCAGUAGUUAUGAGAAGUUAACUCCUGAGGAGAAAACGAUAUUAAGAAAGAAUUUCCGUGACUACAAAACUGUCACAGUGUUACUAUUCAGCAAAGUUGUUGAAACUAAUCCUGACACGGGUGUGGUUACAGUAAUUUGGGAAACUCAGGACACAUUGUUGACAGCCUAUGAAGUCUCAGUGUGCACAUACUCCAACAUGAAAUACUUGACAAUUUUACAUAAAAACUACAAUUACACAUUGUUUAUAUGGGAUCAGGGUGGGAAAUGGGAAGAUAUCACAGAAUCCAGGCUUAACAUGAGGGAAUUGAGGUUCUACUUUGAAGAUGAAACUGAUUUAAACUACGUGCAACAACUGACCAAUAAAUAUGUUGUUUAUUUGAAUCAGUUUAAGUAUGUGUUGGACUUUCAUUUUGAUGACAAAUUGAGGGAAAAGUUUGGCUACAGACUGGCCAGGAAUUUGCAGUACAAUCUCCUGGAAAAUGCUAUCCAAAUCCAAUUCCAAAGUGGUCUUAAAGUAACUUUAAACUCGAGUGUUAAACAUAUUAAGCUGUUUUACCACAAGUUGGAUCACGUGGUUAAGCGUGUAAACUCUAGGAUCAUGACCAGGAGACCUUUCCUGCAAAUUCCAGAAUACUACGAAUUUGUCAAUAAUAUUAAUCUACUCAGUAAACCAGAGACUAAUAUCAGUCCAGAAUAUACUUUUAUUAGCCAUAGCGAAACCGACACCGACUCGGAAACUGGACAUGAUUACGACACUCCCGCUCCUGACAUAACUUCAGAUUCUCACGGAAAUGAACAUACUCACGGAAAUGAACAUACUCAGGGAAAAUCUGAUAAUACUGAGGACCAGAGUGAAAAUACUGAGGAACAGAGUGAAAAUACUGAGGAGCAGAGUGUGACAUCAGAUGAGACGUUGGAUGAUACAUUGGAUGAGAGUGAGAAAUCUGUGAUUGAGAGUGAGACGGAUACGUUUGAGGAUUCGGAGGGGUUAUCAGAUGAUACGGAAAGUUAUCACAGGUACAACAGUGACUCAGACGACGAAACUAAGUUUGUAGAACUGAACAUCUCAGAGCGAAAAUCAAAACGGGGACAUAACUACAGGAAAAUUGACAAACUCGUCGAAUUCUCAUGCGUCCCAGGGUACGAAUUCGUUAAAAUUAGCGAAUCUCCCUGUAGUCACAGUACUCUCAGUGGUUCUCCCAGUGGUCCCGGUGUGAAUAGAGAAAUUUGGUCAACGUAUGACCAGAAAGAAUCAGUAAAAAGGGUAAAAUUGUUGGACAGUUUUAAUACUAAAUAUCUCCUGGGCGAGAGGGACAACUACGACUAUUUCCUGUACAAGUGGACGUCUGAAAGGAGAAACUGGGAGGAAAUAACGCGUAAAAAGAUCAGUUUGGACAAUCUGAAGAUGAUUGACAGGGAUGGUCUGGAGAUCAGAUACCCGCACAUCAUUGCUCACUUUGCCAAGUUUCAACUUAGCAUAAUUCCGAGAACUCAGUGUCACAAAUUACUCUACAGAAAUCAGGAAAUCUGGAGCAAGGAAAUGACGGAACUGGAGGAAAUAGUAAUUAAAAUACUCGAAGAUAAAGUUAAUUUGUACCUGAAAAACAACUUUGUCAAGAGGUUUGACCUCUUCAAUGACAGAAUGUUCCUCAUCUCAGAAGGGAAUUCCAUACACAAACAUUAA